AGACAUUGCCGCCAAUCUUAAUUUAAAACUUUCUUGAAUUUCCCCAUCAUCCUUUUUUCUUUCCAAAGCAAAGAGUCCAAUUGCCAAAUAAAUAACAAAUUAUAAAUUUUUAUUUGCUUAAAGCAGAAACUUGACUAAAGCAAAAUAAAUAAAAUGCCCCUUCAGUUUAUGGGCAUGGCACAGGCUUUAUUGCAGAACCCAGUAGUAGAACCGAUGCAAGUGGACGCCUUACCAGAAGACAACGAAAACAAUGAAGAGACUUUCUAUGUAGUCGAGAACCCCACUAUAGACUUGGAGGCAUACGUCAAUAGCUAUUCGGGGCUUGCUAAGAUACACAGGCUUAUUUUCAUAAUAGAUCAUUGUCCUGCUUUGAGAUUAGAGGCUUUGAAAAUUGCUAUUUCUUAUGUUAUGACAACUUAUAAUGUUCAAUUGUAUCAGAUUUUACAUCAACGUCUUGCCGAUGUAACAAGCAGCAUGAAUGUUCCGGAUGUUGCAGCUGCUUCAGCUUCCCAAGAUAUUCCCAUUAUUGAUAAUUCUUGGGUGGACCAAAGGCUUAAAAAAGCUGCCCUUAAAUUAGAAAAGUUGGAUAAUGAUUUAAAGAAUUACAAAAGUAAUUCCAUUAAAGAAAGCAUCAGAAGGGGCCACGACGAUUUGGGGGAUCAUCAUUUGGAUUGUGGAGAUUUGUCUAAUGCCCUAAAAUGCUACUCCAGGGCUAGAGAUUAUUGCACUAGUGGAAAACAUGUCGUCAAUAUGUGCCUGAAUGUAAUCAAAGUAUCAGUUUACUUGCAAAAUUGGUCACAUGUUUUGAGUUACGUUGCUAAAGCUGAAGGAACGCCAGAUUUCUCUGAAUCUCAAUCGGCCAAAGAAACAAAUCCAACGAUAUUCACUAAACUUAGAUGCGCAGCCGGAUUAGCUGAAUUAGCCACAAGAAAGUUCAAAUUAGCUGCUAAACAUUUCUUGCAAGCAAGCUUGGACCAUUGCGAAUUUCCUGAGUUACUAUCUCCAAACAAUGUUGCUACGUAUGGGGGUUUGUGUGCUCUUGCUACAUUCGAUAGGCCAGAAUUACAAAAACAUGUAGUGAAUAAUGGAGCGUUUAAACCAUUUUUAGAACUAGAACCUGCCUUACGUGAUGCAAUUUUGAAGUUUUAUGAGUCAAAAUAUGCCGCUUGUUUGAAACUUUUAGAUGAAAUGAAGGAUGCUCUACUUUUGGAUCUUUAUUUGGCUCCACAUGUUCCUGCACUGUAUGCUCAAAUUAGGAGUAGAGCUUUAGUCCAGUACUUCAGUCCUUAUAUGUCGGCUGAUUUAAGAAGAAUGGCUCAAGCUUUUGGUAGGACUGUGCCUGCCCUUGAAGACGAACUUAUGAGGCUCAUUUUAGAAGGGCAAAUUCAAGCUAGAAUUGACUCGCACAAUAAGGUUCUUUUUGCUCGCGAUGCAGAUCAAAGAGGUGCCACCUUUGAAAGAGGCCUUUUCGUAGGAAAAGAGCAGCUAAGAAGAGCUCGAAUGUUGGUUUUGAGGGCCGCUGUGUUGAAGAGUAGGCUUCAAGUUCAAAGUCCUCCAAGAGAGCAAGGGGAAAGUGCUCAGCCUCAAAUGCAACCUGUGUCUAGUGGGGCUAGAUCUUGAAUUGUUUGAAAUUAUUUACUUGUAUAUACCGUUUUAAAAGUUUUGGUAAAAACUAGUGUUUAAUUUUGUCUCUCCAGAUUUAAGUUUCUGUGAUUCUAUGUUGGCCUGCGUUUUGUCUAAAUUUUGGAGACAAAACUAUUUUUUAAUUUAAGGCUGGACCCUGUACCUAUGAGAAGUUCUUUUUUGAGAAUUUGUUUAUUGACAAUCUUUGGUUGUUCUAGCUUGUACCCAAUUUCACAAAUAAAGAUAAUUUUUCAAGAGUGGAAGUUUGAUUGAUGUUUAUUGAGGCCAACAUGAGUAAGUUUUAAUAAUUUAUGACCAAUUUCGUAUAUCAACAAAAUGGCAAAAUUUAAUUGCUCGUUCAAUAAACCAAUUUUUUUAAUAUAAGGGAGAAUAAAACUAAUUUUGCUUGUGUAUGUUUUUUGAUAAGCCAGCCAAUUCGUUGAAAAACGAACCCUUAAGAUCUAAUAUGGUAUUUUGUAUCGAUAAUAUUAAUCAUUAUGCAAUAAAUAUUAGGUAUUUGCUAAUUAUUCACUGUGUCAUCUUAUGUAACAUUCUAAUAGAACAAAUAGUAUUAAUUUCCCAAAAAGGCUUCAAAUUGAAUGCAAUUUUUAUAGUGGGCUUCUCUAAAAUACCAUGACAGUCCUGUGAACUGAGUCUAAAUAUUUACGAAAUGUGAUAGGAUCAACCAAUGACAUUUGGACCAACAUACAUUUUUGGUUCUUGUCACCACCCAGAACUAAAAAUAAUUCACAGCUCUAUAAGUGUAAAAUUUACUGUUUUUAGAAUCAGUUCUUUAAUUUGCAUUUAGUUUAUUUAAUUCUAAAUUUCUCCUUGGUCCGUCUAACAUUUAAUAAAGAAAUUUUCUAGUAAAUUUUAGUUAAAAUUUUAUUGAAAAAUUAAGUAACAAUUUCACUAACUUAUAAUGUGUUAUCGUUGUUUAUUUCUACCAAAAGUGCACAAUAACAACAAGGUCAAGAGCAAUCCUGCUUUUCUUCCACACCUACGUGUCAGCAAAAAAAUACAGUGUGUGGUAAAUCAUUUGGGAAGCAGGGGAAUCACCGAGAAAUGCACUAUCAAGGUUUAGGAAUUGCUAUCGCUCUCAGGCUGUAACUGAAAAUUAUCAAUGAGUACAACAAAGACGAUAUCAAUUUUUAGUCAAGGUUUAUUAACAUUUAAAGUUUUCCACUGACACAAGUGGCUCCUUCCAUUCAGUCUAUCAUAUAAAUACUCGCGGAAGCUUUAAUUUCCAACAUUAUCUUUGUUGAGUUUAAAGCUAAGCUAAAUUGUUUAGAAAACAGAAAUAAGAAUGUCUGUAAACCAAAAAAAUUUGGACAACCGUUCGGGUCAAUUGAACACCAACAACGAGAAAUUCUAUUCAAGCUUUGGUAAAAACUACAAAUGGACGAACGUCCAAGUGACUGGUAAUUUUUUUUAUUUCAAUGGUUUUAUUUGUAAUGUUCUCAUUUAUUUUUCUUUUUAAACAGGGCUACUUCUAACUACGGCUCGUCUGGCAAUCCACCGACCCAAAGUGAUUUGGAUAAUCACAGUAACCAAAAGAAUCCGAACAAUCCUGAAUAUGGUCAUUCCAGAAGUGCUGGAAGCAAGAAAUAGGAGGUUCCGCUAAGAAAUGAUUAGUGGUUGUCUAAAAAAAAAGUAUACAAUUGUUUUGGCUUGUUAGGCCUUUCUCUUCGAUUCAUGUUCACAAUUUCAAUUUUAGAGUCUGUCUAGCUAUGAGAUUAUAUUAGUUACUGUUUUGCAAAAAUUUAAGUUCAAUAAGAGUUGCAAUAUGUAUUUAGGUUUUGUACUAUUUUUUUUUUCAGAUCAUUCCAGUUUCCAUGAAGAGAGCACUUCAAUGAUUUCUUCAAAUAUAAUUGCUUAAUCAAUGUAUUAAUAUGUUAUCUUUCUCAGAAUAAUAUCAAUACCUAUAAUCAUUGAAAAUAUAGUAACUAGUAUGCUUUAAUAAAUC